CUCUCCCUCUCUCUCUUCACCUCAUGUCUGUUGUCUCAUGUCUGUGAGUCUCUCUUCUCUAAUUGGCUUCUUCGACAAUAAUAACCCCAGCAACCUUAACAGUAAUCUCAAUCAUAAAAUAAUCUAUUUUUAUCAUCAAUCGUUUAAAUUAUCAUCUUCCCUCAACAAUCAGUGACAAACAUCUAAUCUUCUCUCUCUCUCUCUCUCUCCGUUUUUUCAUGGAUUCCCUCCUCACCUUCUUUAUAUAAAUCAUCCAUCUGGAGUUCUAUCCAUUCUUCCAUUGCUUCCUUCUUAACCAGACAACCAUAUCUCUCUUGCCCUCUCUGGACCAUUAUCACUUCCUUCCCUCCCUCCUAUACUCCAAUACCAAAUAGACUCACCGACAUCUCUCUCUGCAUCCAAGUAAAUGCUGUGCGGCUCCUAACUUGCAGUACUGACAAGUGAUAACUCCACCUCGCUCACCUCUCCUUCUCUCUCUUUCUGACAAACCCAUCUCGUCUUGUUCAGAGUAUAAAGCCUCCAAGAGAGGAAAGAGUGAAGAAAAGAGCAGAGAAGAGGAAUAUAUAAAUUUUGAAAAGAAAGAGAAUCGGAAAGAGGAGAUAAAAGGGAGGGAAAUGCUUGAAGCAGUAAAAUACCUGAUCGGAGCCGCUGGAGCAAGCGGCUUUGGUUCUAAGUCAACGGCGGAGCAGGUCACCGAAGCUUGUCCUGAUCUCCGCUCCAUCACCGCUAUCAUCACAGGUGCCACGUCAGGAAUCGGAGCUGAAACAGCCCGGAUUCUAGCCAAACGUGGAGCGAAGCUAAUCCUUCCGGCCCGGAACCCAAAAGCCGCCGAGGAAACGAAGGCUCGUAUCGUGACGGAGUUUCCCGAUUCAGACAUCGUCGUCAUGGCUCUCGAUCUUAGUUCUCUCUCUUCCGUUCGAACCUUCGUUUCUGAAUUCAAGUCCAUGGAUUUGCCCCUCAAUCUCCUCAUAAACAACGCUGGAAAGUUUUCCCACGAUCACUCUCUCUCCGAAGAUGGAAUCGAGAUGACUUUUGCAACAAAUUACUUAGGACAUUUUCUGUUAACAAAACUGCUACUGAAGAAGAUGAUCGAAACGGCGGAGCUCACAGGAAUUCAAGGCCGGAUAGUGAACGUAUCAUCAAGUGUUCAUAGCUGGUUUUCCGGCGAUGCAAUCCGUUAUCUCGAAUUGAUUACUAAAGAGAAAAGAUCUUACAAUGCUACACGUGCCUACGCUCUCUCGAAGCUCGCCAACGUGUUGCAUACCAUGGAGCUUGCGGUGAAAUUAAAGGAAUCGGGCGCAAACGUAACUGCAAAUUGUAUUCAUCCAGGAGUAGUUAGAACGAGACUCACCAGAGAUCGAGAAGGCUUCGUCACAGAUCUGAUGUUCUUCUUAGCUUCCAAGCUGUUGAAAACGAUUUCUCAGGCUGCUGCAACUACUUGCUACGUCGCAACACAUCCAAGACUGAAAGAGGUGUCCGGGAAGUACUUCGCAGACUGCAACGAAGCGAAAGCAUCGAAACUCGCAUCCAAUACACAAGAAGCAACUCGUCUCUGGUUAGCGUCUGAAGCAAUUACUGCCGAGAGAUUCAGAUUUCAGAACCAUCUCCUUUUUUGAAGGAGAUCGCGGGAAAAAUGUGAAGAACGAAAAGAGUAGAUCGUAUACCGUAUACAUACGUAGUGUAUUGAGGUGGUAGAUCGUACAAAUACGAUGACGUAAUAUUUUGGGUUUUUUGGUAAUUUAACAUAUUAUAUAUAUAUAUAUAUAUAAAUAUACAUAUAUGGUCGUGAUGUAAAAAAUAUAUAUAUUUAAAGUGGAAAGGAAAUUAUGUAGUCAAGAUUAGUGGGAUCGAUUAGAAUAUGGUGAUGGAUUAUCAUGUUUAAAUGAGUGGAGCAUCAUUAGAUUCCAUGUGAGAUAUGGUUUUAUUUAAUUCUUAAAUAUAAUAUUUGUUUUUAAUUUUUUUUCUUUUGGAACUAAAUAUUAUAUUUAUUUGGAGAGUAUUUUUUUA